AUGUCCUCUUCGACCCCCACAUCGAACACCCCCUCUCGCGAGACUCAACCCGACCGCCCACCGCCCUCUACCUCUUCCUCCGACGCUGCAUCAGCCCAAGCCGAUGUCUCCCCGUCCAAAAUCGCCGAACCAAACCCCGGCACGCACCAAGGAGAGACCGAGACGGCUUCAGCGCUCAGGACGCUGUUCGGCGAGAAUGGAGGCAUGUCGAUAGGGCAAGAUGGCGAGGAUGUAGUUGGGCUCGGUACUCUGGGCGGCCAGCAGAGGGACGAAAUUCCAAACAUCGACCCGGCCUUGUCAAAUAUGGCCUCAACCUCGGCCUCAACCUCGGACUCCCCAUCUCAGCUCACAUCCAAUAAGCGCAAAGCCACAUCUCGCGCCAACAUGCUCGCACGUGGGGGCGCUUGCGAAUUUUGCAAACGGCGUAAACUCAAGUGUUCAGCCGAGCAGCCAGCAUGCGCCAACUGUACCAAGACCGGGCGGGAGUGUGUAUAUGCGCAGAAGAAGCAGCGGAGUCGAGUCAAGAUGCUGGAAGAUAGGUUGCAGGAACUGGAGAAGAAGAUGGGGAACGGAGAAAAGUCAGGAUCAGGCUCGGGAUCAGGCGUCAUGGAGCCAGUCUACGAAGACCACAUCACACUGGCCGGGUUGGAGUUGAGCAGGUUUGCCUCCGACCAGAGAGUCAUUCCCGAACCGGAUCUCAUGACACUCGCCGAUGCGGCAGCGAGCAAUACUCGAGUCGGUGCUGGAGAUGCGACUUGGCAGACGAUGGACGUGAAUCAAGUAGCCGCAGAGCUCGUCAAGGCUGCAGAUGGUCAGCAGGGUGUUGGUGAGAGUAUGGUGACUCAUCUGGUUCGGCUGUACAUCAACGCUUCUUCUAUGCCCCUGAUACGAUACGCCAUGCCCCCCGAUACUCUUGAACGCCGCCUAUCUCCAUCAUCCACAGCCCCGAUCCACCCCUCUCUUCUCCUUGCUCUCUUCCCCUCAAUACUUGUCCUCUCUCCAUACCCUUGCUUCCACGACCCUUCCCUCCCUUCCCUCUUGCUCGCACAAUCAAGGCAACGCGCCGUCGAUGCCAUCGCCCAAGGCGAUCACCGCAUGCACGAUUUGGUCAUCGCCAGCGCCCUUCGGUCCUUUGCAUUUUUCAAUGAUGCAAAGCAUAUCGAAGGCUGGGUGGAGUGUGCAACGUCGACGGGGCUGCUGAGGGCGGGAGGAUUCGUAAAGCUUGGCCAUGUGGGCGAGAGAUUUGUAGCGAAUCUCGGAAAUUACGACAAUGAGUUGGAAACCAGUAUGAAGCGCUUGGAGAAGGAAAGGUCGCUGAGGGUUGUCAUGCACAAAGGGGCAAUCGUUCCGCCGUGUACAAGUUCUCAAGAUUUGUACGAGAGGAUCAAUCUCUUCUGGUUUUCCUAUAUGCUUGACCUUGUGUCCUCCGCAGGGUGUGGCUGGCCUGCGUCCUACUCGGAGACGGACAUCACCACCCCAUUUCCCAAGGACACCACGACCCCAUCAACCCUCCUCGACAACUCCACCGUCCGCACUUUCCUUUCCUCCGAACAUGCCUUCCCUUCUACGCCAAUACCCGACUCUGAUUUCUGUGCGCAAAUUAAAGCCAUCACUCUGUUCCAUCGGGCGUUCCACCUCUUCGACGCGUCAGGGUCGGAGGCGGAUGUGAGGAAAGAGAGGGAGAAGAUCUCAGAGUUGACGAGCGAGUAUAUGCAAUACCUGCGACAAGUCAAGGGAGAGUGGGGCCCCGAGACGACGGAGGCCACGCAGGCAUGGGUGUUGCUCUACGCCACGAUGUGUAUUCUCCACGCCAAAGAGGAUUUUGAAUCUGGCUAUACUCACAAACAUGGUCACCUUGACCGACUCCUCGAUGCCGCGCAACAAAUGCUAGAACACACCCAUGUGGUUCAAUCAUCUGGCGAUCCUACACUCCAAUCAUACACAGUCUGCCUUGCUGUCAUUUUUCUCAUCAUCGGUCGUGUCCUGAUCACAACCUCCCAACACAUCAUCACAUCCCCCUACUCGCAUACCACAUUCGGAACCAGUAUCUCUUCUCUCCGCUCCAAGGCGGACGCUAUCAAGAAGAUUUUGGAGGCGCAGGGGUCGUGGUUGCCGUACGCUAGGAUAGCUGUGCAGUCGCUCCAAAAUGUUGAGCUGGGGACGUUCUGGAAAGCGGGGGAAUGGGAGAGAGGAGAUGCGGGGGAUUGGUAA